UGUUAUUAUUCAAUGAGUUUUGCACACAAGACAGUACUUGUUACUGGUGCCACGCGUGGUAUUGGACUUCAUAUUGCACAGACAUUUGCUACACAUGGUGCCAAAACUAUCUUGAUUGGGCGCGAUGCAGAUCGUGUUGAGAAAAUACAACAGACAUUUCGAGAACAAUAUGGUGAUCAAGAUCAUAAAGGCAUCACACUUGAUAUAUCACAUAAAGCACAAGUAGACAGUGUAUUCAAGGAUGAACUCAAGGGUCAACAGAUUGAUUAUUUAGUGAAUGCAGCAGGUAUAUCAAGAGAUGGACUUUUUGUUCAGCUUAAGGAACAAGAUUUGCUUGAUACUAUCAAUACAAAUCUAUUGGGCACUAUGCAUGUCAGCCAACAUGUGGCCAAGACUAUGAUGAGAAAGCGAAAAGGAGGUUGCAUCAUCAAUGUGGCAAGUGUUGUUGGUCUCCAUGGCAAUGUGGGUCAAUCAAGCUACAGUGCUUCUAAAGCAGGUCUGAUUGGAUUUACAAAAUCACUAGCUAAAGAACUAGGACCUUACAAUAUUCGAGUGAAUGCGAUUGCACCAGGAUUCAUUGAUACAGACAUGACAAGGAAUAUAUCAGACGAUAGAAAACAAAAGAUACUUGAAUCCAUAUCACUCAAACGAUUUGGUGAUGUACAAGACGUAUCUUUGGCUGUUUUGUUUAUUGCCCAAUCCAACUACUUUCAUGGUCAAGUAUUGACACUGGAUGGUGGUUUAAUCAUUUAAGAAUAGACUCGGCUUAAUUAUUUAUCCUUUCUUAUUGUUUAAAUUCGCUCUUUUUUUUUUUUCUUUCUUUCUCUUUC